AUGUCCCGCUCUUUCUAUGUCGACUCCUUAAUCAUCAAAGACUCCUCCAGGCCGGCUCCGUCCCUGCCUGAGCAUCACCACCACGGCCAGGACUUCUUCAUCCCUCUCGGCAUGCCUUCACCCCUCGUCAUGUCGGUGUCGGGCCCGGGCUGUUCGUCCCGCAAGAGCGGCGCGUUCUGCGUCUGCCCGCUCUGUGUCACCUCGCACCUGCACUCCCCCCGCGGCGGCGGGGCCAUCCCCCUACUCAAGAGCCAGUUCCCCGCCGCUGCCUCCGCCGGCGAGGCCCAGUGCUGCCCGCGGGCCAGCCACGCUCACCACCCGCCGCAGCACCCGCCUCCCGCCGCUUCCGUGCCCGCAGCAGCCGCCGCCGCCCUGGGGCACCCGGCGCAUCACCCACCUUCCUGCUCCGCCACCACCUACAGCGUCAGCGACCCUCGGAGGUUCCACUGCCUCGGCAUGGGAGGGUCCGAUUCCAGCCAAAUUCAGAAUGGGAAAAGGAUGAGGACAGCUUUCACCAGCACCCAACUUUUGGAGCUGGAGAGGGAAUUCUCCUCCAACAUGUACCUGUCCCGGCUGCGGAGGAUCGAGAUAGCAACGUACCUGAACCUGUCUGAGAAGCAAGUGAAAAUCUGGUUCCAAAACAGGAGGGUGAAGCACAAGAAAGAAGGCAAAGGCACCCAGCGAAACUCGCACGGGGGCUGCAAGUGCAACACCGGCCAGGGGCAUUACCCCAGAUCGGAGGACGAAGAGUCUCUAUCCCCCUCAUCAGCUACCGAGGAUAAAGAGAUCUCCCCGUUAUAAGCCUAGUUCGGAACUCCGCUCCCGCCGCUGGGUCCCAGCCCGGAGCGGCACUGAGGCUCACUUGGUACUGCUGCCUAGGGGACAGCACCCUGCCGACCUGCAGCGGGCUGGCCCUUCCCGGUCAAGAUG